AUAGUGACAUUUGUGAUUGGCUGCGGUGAUGCCUUUAAGGACCCUCCGAGUCUGAAUGGACUUUGACGGACUGACUUGCUGAGCUGAACGGACGCACAUUAAGGCUGCGGCUAAUGGACUGCCCCACGCACACGCACGCACACGCGUUCCAUGAAGAGGCGGGAGCGAGUGCGGAGGUUCACUCUGCCGCUCGCUCGCUCGCUCGCUGGAUGCUGCGCACACGCGCAGGACGCGCACGCACAGACGCGCGCAUGCAGGGAGUGACCAAACAGCCUGCACCAUGAUGAUGAUGCCCAAGAGGCCUCAGACGUCCCCGGGCAGCGUGCUGUCUCUGCGAGGUGGCGCCAGUGUGCCGGGAUCCCCCGCCACCGCCAUUGUGGCCCGGGUGGACGACGGAGUGAUGGUCUACAAGGACCUGGCGGCUCUUCCGCGGGACAAAGCUAUCCUGGACAUCGAGAGACCGGACCUGAUGACGUAUGAGCUGCACUACAACUACAGUCCACUGGAGGUGUCGCAGUCGCUGUCUCCCGGCUCAUUCUCCCCUCCGACCUCCCCUGAGGAGUCCAGGGCGUGGCUGGGGAAAAGUUCUCCUGCAGGCUCCUCGCCUGCUUCCAGCGGCAGGAAACGCAGUGGCAACACAACGCCAUCUCCACACACACAACACACACUGCACACCGAACACACACUACUUACACAAAACAUACAACCUUCCAAGAUCUUGCAACACUUCCAUAGGCCUGACAAUGGAAGUAACAUCUACAGGAAACCUCCCAUCUACAGAAGAGGCGCGUCGUCGUCAGCGCUCCCUGCAGGGAAGCACUUGGAGGAUCUCAUCAUAGAGUCGUCAAAGUUUCCUGCCGCUGAGCCUCCAAAUCCAAACGCUCCCUCCAAGAUCGAGACGGAACAUUGGCCCUGCCCCCCGUCCGCCGCCGUCUUUGAGAAGGAGACGGCAUAUCGUCGGAGUGAGGGUAAGCAAGAUGAAGAGGAGGAAGACGAGGAGGGCGAUCAGGUUUGGGGUUUGCGAGCUCUUCACAGGCAGGAACUCAACAAGAUUCAGUCCAACCUGGGAAGGAUCAUCCUGAAGGAGGAGCUGGACAAGUCAACCGCUCCCAUGAGGAGGAAAACUCGCUCGCUACCGGACCGCAGCCAGAAUGCAGGCGCUACCACGUUCAGCUCUGUUUGUUUCCCAGCAUCUGGGGCAGGCCUGGCCAGGAAUUCAGCCCAUCAAAGAAGGCCGCCUCAGGUACCCCCCGGGGUGCUUCGAAGCCCACGUGCUGCGUUCAAGUGCCCUAAUGUGUGUGCGUGUGUUGUGUGUGUGUGUGUGUGUCUCCCGCAGGUGUUCAGAACGGCGACGCCGCAAUGGACCGAGGCCGCUCACUGCCCAGCGUGCUCGAGCUCAAGACUUACCCGUAUGAGAUGCUGGUGGUCAGCCACAGAGGACGUAGUAAACUUCCUCCAGGCGUCGACAGAACGCAACUGGAGAGACAUCUGUCACAGGAAGAGUUCGUCAGCGUGUUCGCGAUGACGCCGGAUGAGUUUGAGCAUCUUUCUCUUUGGAGGCGAAACAACCUCAAAAAGAGGGCAUGUCUCUUCUGACUGCACACCCACGCUGCUGGAGACGCGCCCUAUCUACAUAAGCUAAAGCGCUGAUAGAGAAGCUAACAUUAGCUUUAGCCAUCACUGCUAAACCAUGUUGAGCAGGCACCACAAAUGUUGUUUACAACUCUGGGGGAAAAAAGAGCUAUUGGUGAGGCUGAUAUUAGCGAUAGGACAACAAUGCUGAUAUGAUUGCUAAAAUAUGUUGGGCAGUUGCCACAAACACUGUGGAUUCCAACUAAGAAAGCUACAAGUGACGCUAAUAUUAGCAUUAGUGUGACAAUGCUAAUAGCUAUAAUGUGAAGAACUUGUAGUGAAGCUAACAUUAGCAGUGAUUGCUAAAAUGCUAUGGUGAAGUUCAAUCUACUCUUAAUGAAUGUUCUAAAAGACACACGGUGAUUUCAUCUUCUGACGGCUACUGUCCAGCUCUCGGUUAGCAUUCAGUUUAUCUUAGGUUAGCAUACUGACCGGGAAAAAAGGUGAAAUCGGCUGAGAGGAAGUCAUCUGCUUGUUUUGGAUUAAUGCAGGCGCAGACUGAUGACAUCACGUUCAGCCAUUUUGCAUCCUUUGCUGAGGGAGUCGUCACCAAUUUGUAUGAUGACGACAUUUUAGAUAUAACUUCACAAAAAAAGAGAUUAGCUUUGUUUUGAUAGUUUUGGAGUAAAUAUAAGUCACCAACUAAAUGUUUGUUGUUUUAAUUUCUAAUUUUGGAUGUUUUUGAAAAUUAUGAUGAAUUUUGUGUUACACGGCUGCUGCAUGCACGAUCUUAACGUGAUAUGAUCAAUAACUAAUCAGCAUUGAAUGUGUGUGCUCUCAGCUCAUUUACAUAUAUUAUCUAUAAGGAAAUUACAGAGUCGUGCUGUUGUUUCUUACUGUAUGUGGAUGAUGAAUGUGAUGUGAAUGAUGAACAAUAAAACUUUACAUUUGUCAAACUCUACUUUAAGACAUUUAGAUAAAAACAACUUUAUUGAUAAAAAGUAAUGAUAGGUGUUUUUAGGUUGAAGUGCACGCACACACAUACUGAUCGUGACAAAUGUCUCAUGCGUGUCAACCCAUUCAAGUCUUAAACUACUGUGAAAGUACC